AUGUUAAGAGACUUAAACCAACCACAAGGUGGUGAAGCAAAUGAAAUGUCAUAUGACGACAAAUAUAGACACUUCUCCAUGGCAAAGAUGAGACAAGUUUUAAAUAUUUACAAUAGCCGUAAACAAAAAGGUUUGGGAAACCACUCCCCCGAAGAAAUGAAAAACAACCCUGACUUAGAGAAAGACUAUAUAUUUAAUAAUUUAGUCAAAAGAGACAAACAAGAAAGAAUGCCGGGCUUCAAACUUCAGAAAGGUGACAAAGUAAAAAUAGAAAUACCUAAACGCGACCCAUAUGAAAAUACUAUUGACUAUGACAACAAUGUGAACCCGACAGGUACUCACAUUCGUGUUCGUAAAAAUAGAAGAAAGUAUACAAGAGAAUAUUAUGAAGUUUUAGGCAAACAUGGCAAAAUGUACACACUGCAAGCAGAAGAUAAAACUACUAUUGUCAGACCUCGUUUCAAACUUGUCAAAGUUCAAGGUGGUAUACUUUCAAAGACAGUUCCUAACAAAUAUAAGACAACUCCUGACGAAUAUGCUAAAGAAGUUGAAAAUGACGACUAA